GGAGGAGGGAAAUUUCGAAUUAAGACGAAUUCAGAAAAGGACGGUGACUGGAGCGUGCCAAGCGAGAAGUACAAAAACGGCAAAAAUGAUCCGGCCUGUGAAAGGUAAAACUCCGCGGAGACCUGUCCCAAAGAAACCAUCCAGCAACCAAAAAGAUCCUGUUGGUGUGUACUGCCGUGUGCGCCCACCUGCCACUGAGGAUGAGGAGUGCUGUAUCGAGGUGAUCAGCAGUACCACCAUUCAGCUGCAUCCUCCAGAUGGCAUCAAAGCCAACAGGAAUGGCGAGUUCAAAGAGACACAGUAUUCUUUCAAGAGAGUGUUUGGAAUUAAGACUUCGCAGGUCGAGCUGUUUAAUGAUGUGGCAAAGCCACUUGUGGAAGACCUGAUUCAUGGUAAAAAUGGUUUACUAUUCACAUAUGGUGUCACUGGUAGUGGCAAAACUUUUACCAUGACUGGAUCUCCUGGACAAGGUGGCCUCCUUCCUCGCUCUCUGGACAUGAUCUUUAACAGCAUAGGCCCAUACCAAGCUAAACGAUUUGUGUUUAAAACUGAUGAUAAGAAUGGCAUGGAGAUCCAAAAUCAAGUUGAUGCCUUAUUAGAGAGGCAGAAAAGGGAAAGCCAGCAGUCAUUAUUGAAAACUCCAUCUUCCAAGCAAAGACUCGACCCAGAGUUUGCUGACAUGAUCAAUCCAGGGGAAGCUUGCAAAGCGGAAGGAGUGGACGAGGACAGCAGCUACAGUGUCUUCGUUUCCUAUGUAGAAAUAUAUAACAACUACAUUUAUGAUCUUCUGGAAGAAGCGACAAUAGACCUAAUUAAACCAAAGUGGAACGGUGGAGGCACACCUCUGCGGAACACUGAGUUCAUACCGCCUCAGUCUAAAAUUCUGCGAGAAGAUCAGAAUCACAAUAUGUAUGUUGCUGGAUGUACAGAAGUUGAAGUAAAGUCCACAGAAGAAGCCUUUGAGGUUUUCUGGAGAGGUCAAAAGAGACGCAGGAUUGCAAACACCCAGCUGAAUCGGGAGUCCAGCCGCUCACAUAGUGUGUUCAUCAUCAAACUGGCCCAGGCACCUUUGGAUGCGGAUGGUGACAAUGUUCUUCAGGACAAGAACCAGGUGACUGUGAGCCAGCUGUGCUUGGUAGACCUGGCUGGGAGUGAGCGAACCAGCAGGACUCGGGCUGAGGGGAACCGGCUGCGAGAAGCAGGCAACAUCAAUCAGUCUUUGAUGACACUGCGUACGUGUAUCGAGGUUCUUCGUGAGAACCAAAUGUGUGGAACAAACAAGAUGGUGCCAUACCGAGAUUCUAAAGUGACACAUCUAUUUAAAAACUAUUUUGAUGGAGAAGGAAAGGUUAGGAUGAUAGUUUGUGUCAACCCCAAAGCUGAUGAUUAUGAAGAAACUUUGCUCGUAAUGCGGUUUGCAGAAAUGACACAGGAAGUGGAGGUGGCGCGGCCAGUGGACAGGCCAAUUUGUGGCUUUACUGCCGGGCGUCGGCAAAGAAAUCAGGCCUUUAAAGAAGAGCUGUCUCGGCGUCUGGAAGAACGUGGGGGACCCAUUAAUGCAGAUGGUGCUUCAGUCAUUAUCCAGCUUCUGCAAAGCUUCCCACCGCUGCCCCCCAGCGAGAUUACAGAUCCCUCUGAUGACCAAACCUUGCCCAGGCUCAUUGAGGUGUUGGAGAAGAGGCACAGGAUCCGCCAGAUGAUCACAGAGGAGUUUAAUAAAACCGCCAACAUGAUGAAAUCAAAGCUCCAGGAGUUUGAUGGCAACCUUUCAGCCAAGGAGAACUUAAUUCAUGAUCAGCGAGGGAAGCUGGGAGAGAAGGACAAAGUCAUCCUGAACCAAAAGACCGAAAUAGAUCGUUUAGAAAAGAAAUCAAAAAUGCUGGAAUACAAGAUCGACAUUUUGCAGAAAACCACAAACAUCUACGAGGAGGAUAAGCGCUCCUUGCAGCAUGAGUUGGAGAACAGAGAGCACAAGCUGCAGAGAGAGCUGUCUGAGAAGAAGCGGAUGGAGGUUCGCAUGCAGGGCAUGGUGACGGACGUCAAGCUGAAGUGGGAGAAGGAGUGUGAGAGGCGCGUCAAUGCCAAACAGCUGGAGAUGCAGAACAAGCUGUGGGUGAAGGAUGAGAAGCUCAAACAGCUGAAGGCCAUCGUGACGGAGAACAAAGCAGAACAGCCAGGCAAACCCCAGCGGCCGUCCCGGGAGAAGGACCGCGUGGCCCCCAAACGCUCGGCCUCCCCCUCCCCAGCACCAUCUCCCCUUUAUCUUGCCCAGCAUGGCCUCCUCAGCCGCCCCCAGGUCAGGCAAGAACCCAGCCCCCCCUCUUCCAGCAGUGUUUCUGUAGCUUCUGCUGUCUCGGAGUGGGAGCAGCGAGACCCCCAAAGCACCAGGCAGGCUAGUCUGUCUCCCCCCAGCUGUAGGAAUAGGCUACAGGAGCCAGGCAGGGUUAGGACCCCCAACCAACUCGUCAGGAGGAGGGGCAGGUGCUGGACUGACAGCGAAGUCCCUGUCCAGCCGAGUGAUGUAGACUUUGAGGAUUUGGGUCAAAGGACUGGGCCCCCGGUUCGCCCCCUGCACAGACGCUCACACUCGGCAGGUGGGGAGAGAUGGGUAGAUCACAAACCAUCCACUAAUUUGGAAUUAGACACUGUUAUGCAGCCGAAUUUACCCAAUGCAAUCAAGGUGUCUGCACCCAGCGAGAGAGCUUUGUCUAAAUGCGACAAGUAUGUCCUGACUCAUCAGGAGAUUGCAUCUGACGGAGAGAUUCAGACCAAACUUAUCAAGGGAGAAGUGUUUAAAACCAGAGGAGGCGGCCAAGCAGUUCAGUUCACAGAUAUUGAGACUCUGAAGCAGGAGUUGCCUGUGGCUCCCAGUCGCAAGAGGAGAUCAUCUGGAAAUGACCCCCCGAAGGAUGCAGCCAUGGACGGUGACUGGACUGACGUGGAGACUAGAUGCUCGGUGGCUGUGGAGAUGAGGGCCGGCUCCCAAAUGGGACCUGGCUAUCAGCAUCAUGGAUAUCAGAAACGCAGAAAACCUUGAAGAGCAUAUUCACUACAAUCGUGGAACCAAGUGCCACUUUCUAUUUAAUCCUCACAUUGCUUGUGCAAUAAAUGUUUUUUGUGUGAUGGAGUUGGUUGUACAUAUACUUCCGAAACGGCAGCAUAAUGGAGGUCAUUCAUAAGGCCAGAGAUGUAGAUCCAUCAUGGUUUCCGGAUGGCAUAGCCGCCUCUGAGGGCGGUGGCGCUUUCUGGAAUCUGAUGCUUUAAUGUACUACUUUGGUUUUUAUAAUUUCGGGGUAAUGCCUGUAAAAGGGCACGUUUAUGAAACGUUUCGCGACAUUCACCCUCCUGGCCCUAACUAUCCGCUCUUCGCUGUAUACUAUAGUGUAUUUAGAUAUCUAUGCAGUCACUUGCUAUUAUAUGUAUGUUAAAUACAUUUGUGUAAAAUUACGUUUUCUGGCUUGUCUAAGCAUAUAAAUCUGUAUUCUCUCCCAGUCCAUGUUUUACUAUGAUUAAAUAUAUGAAAAACAAUAAAAAUGUUUGUAUGAGGGCA